CAACCAGCAACAUUCUUGGUUGCCAUUCACUCAUAAUACCAGAUUUCCCAGAAAAUAUAACAUAAGAUUUUUUUUUUUAAUUUUUAUUGCAAGUGUUUGAACAUAGAAGGAAAGAUUCUAUGGAUUCUCUAGUACAAGCUUUAGAGGGUCAUCAAUCCAUGAUAUUAUACUUCAUCGUCCCUUUCUUGUUCCUGUUUCUGCUUUCGAGCUGGUUUCGCCGGAAACCCUAUCCGCCCGGCCCGAAAGGGUGGCCGUUGAUUGGGUACAUGAAUUUGAUGGAGCACUAUUCACACCGUGGGCUGGCCAAGCUGGCGGAGCAAUACGGCGGUUUGGUACACUCACGGAUGGGCUCGCUCCACAUGGUUGUGGUGUCGGGCCCAGAGGAGGCCCGUCAAGUCCUCCAAGUACAAGACCACGUGUUUUCGAAUCGUCCGGCCAGUAUCGCUAUCAGCUACUUGACAUAUGAUCGGGCCGACAUGGCUUUCGCCCACUACGGCCCGUUUUGGCGCCAGAUGCGGAAGGUUUGCGUGAUGAAGCUGUUCAGCCGCAGACGGGCCGAGUCGUGGGACUCGGUCCGAGACGAGGUUGAUCAAAUGGUCCGAAUCGCGGCCACCAGCACCGGCUCGCCGGUUAACGUCGGCGAGCUGGUGUUCGGGCUCACCAAGAACAUCAUUUACCGGGCCGCCUUCGGGUCCAACUCGAAAGAAGGACAAGACGAUUUCAUUAGUAUUCUCCAAGAAUUCUCCAAGCUCUUUGGCGCCUUCAACAUGUCCGACUUUUUCCCUUGGCUUAAAUGGGCCGAUCCGCAGCGCCUGAACCCGAGGCUCGCUAAGGCCCGGGCUAUGCUCGACCACUUUAUCGACACCAUCAUCGACGAUCACAUACAAAGCAGAAAGAAUAAAAGCCCAGAAAACUCCGGCGAUAACGCCGACGGCGAUAUGGUGGAUGAGCUGUUAGCUUUUUACAGUGAGGACGCGAACCAUAAUGACGCAGACGACCUCCAGAACGCCAUUAAACUCACCAGGGAUAAUAUCAAAGCCCUCAUCAUGGAUGUGAUGUUUGGGGGCACAGAAACAGUGGCAUCUGCGAUAGAGUGGGCCAUGGCGGAGUUGAUGAAAACGCCGGAUACCCUGAAGAAGGUUCAACAGGAGCUAGCCACCGUCGUCGGACUUGACCGGAAAGUGGAAGAAUCCGACUUCGAGAAGCUGACGUACUUCAAAUGCUGCAUUAAGGAGACUCUCCGGCUACACCCACCCAUCCCGCUCCUCCUCCACGAGACGGCGACGGCCUGCGAGGUCAACGGCUACCACAUUCCGGCGAGGUCCCGAGUGGUGAUCAACGCGUGGGCCAUCGGACGCGACAAGAAGUCGUGGGAAGACGCGGAGAGUUUCAAGCCCGACAGGUUCCUGAGAGACGGCGUGGCGGAUUUCAAAGGGAACAACUUCGAGUUCAUCCCGUUCGGGUCGGGCCGACGGUCGUGCCCGGGAAUGCAACUCGGGCUCUACGCCUUUGAAAUGGCGGUGGCUCAUCUUCUCCACUGUUUCACCUGGGAAUUGCCGGACGGGAUGAAACCCAGCGAGCUUAACAUGGACGACGUCUUCGGACUCACUGCGCCACUCGCCGAUCGACUCGUCGCCGUCCCCACUCCCCGCCUGCUUUGCCCUCUCUACUGAUCCAAUUCAAAGCUAUUCGUCAAUGGCGAAUUUAAUUUCAUGCAUAUAUGGUUCACAAAUGUUGAACCAACCUGCAAAUUAAAGGAAAAUGACGAUUAUUGCGACGGUUUGGUUUGUUUGGAUAUUAUGUCUUUUUUUUUUUUUCUUGAACUUGUAUCUGUAUAUGAGAUCACUCUUUCUCAUAUUUGGAAUGUAUACUUUUUUGUUUUUGAACAUUUCAUCACACAAAUCAUACUUAAUAAAAGAUGUUGUACAAGCAACGUAUAGUAACACUGCUUUCACCUUUUU